AUGAGGGCUGGUGUUGAUGUCUUUGCUCUUGACUAUGAUGCUAUUAUUGCUGCCAUGUAUGCAUUGACUGUUAGUGCCGAGGGAGACUGUUACUUGUGUGUGCCGCCUGACCCAGGUAUAGAGCCCGCUGCCCUGGGUACUAGUGAGUCUGCUCUCUCUGGUAUGGUGCCCCCUGUACUUGCUCCCCCCAGUGCUGUCCCGGCUGGUUUCGAGUCUGCUCUCUCAGGUACAGCACCCACAGAGACUGCUCUCUCAGGUACCGCACCGGCUGAGGCCUGUCACACCUUCACCCUUGACUCAGUCCUUGCCCAGUCCACCACUGUCCUCCCUUGUCCGGCGGUUCCGUCUGGCUCGUUGUCGGGUUUCCACCUCCCCUCGUUCUCGACGAACCUGGUGAGCAACGCUGUCCUCCAGGAUCAGUGGGUUGACACCUUUACCCCUGGCGGACAGCGUGUGGCGAUCUGCACGUGCUCCAGGACCGGCCGUCACCUGGCUACGUUCACCCGUCGGCCGGGGUCGAGUCUCUACACACUGACCACUACGUCUCCUCAGGUAGCUGCUGUCGGUCAGGUGUCUGCGUCAGGUCUGGUGGCCCACGCCUCCCGCGUUCGUGGUCAGGGCGGUGAGCGGUACUUUUUGCUGGUUGUCGACGACUACUCGCGUUACACCACGGUCUUCCCCUUGCGCACCAAGGGUGAGGUCCCUGCUGUUCUGAUCCCUUGGAUCCGCACGGUUCGUCUCCAGCUCCGCCGCCGUUUCCGGACGGAUCUUCCUGUCCUGCGUCUGCACUCUGACAGAGGUGGUGAGUUUUCCUCCGAUCUCUUGAGGACCUUCUGUCAGGCGGAGGGCAUCGAGCAGACCUUCACGCUUCCGGACUCCCCACAGCAGAAUGGGGUUGCUGAGCGCCGCAUUGGCCUGGUCAUGGAGGUCGCUCGUACCUCCUUGGUCCACGCGGCGGCUCCCCAUUUUCUGUGGCCGUUUGCUGUCCGGUACGCCGCGCAUCAGCUCAACCUCUGGCCCCGUGUCUCCUUGCCGGAGACCUCGCCCACACUGCGUUGGACGGGGGAGGUUGGCGAUGCGUCGCGCUUCCGGGUGUGGGGUGCUCGUGCCCUUGUCCGCGAUACGUCCGCGGACAAGCUCUCCUCCCGCACGCUUCCCUGUGUCUUCCUUGGCUUUGUCCCUGACGCGCCUGGCUGGCAGUUUUACCACCCCACCUCGCGCCGGGUCUUCGCCUCUCAGGACGUCACCUUUGACGAGUCGGUCCCUUUUUACCGUCUCUUCCCCUACCGCACUGCCCCCCUCCCUCCCCCGCCGCUUUUCCUUGCUCCUGGUCCCCCUCCGGUAGACCCCCUUCCCCCUCAGGGUCCUGCUCCUUCAGGUGUCUCUCAGGUAGACCCUCCUCCCGUCGCUGAGCCUGUCGAGGUCACAGGUGACUCAGGUGCUGCUGCGGGUGGUGCUGCUGGGAGUGCUGAGCCUGGGGGUGCUGAGCCUGGGGGUGCUGGGCCUGGGGGUGCUGGGGCUGCAGGAAGAACCGCAGCUUUGGUUUCGCUUGUCGAAAUGCAGCCAUGGCUUCUCCAGCUGCCCCCUGCCCGCCGGCGCACUCUCGCGCUCGGCGCAGCGUUGCUGGUGGGCGGGGGGGGCGUAGCAGCGGUCGCGUAUUACAGAUCCGUCGCCCUCGCGGCCGCCGUUCGGCGCAGGGAAGCAAGAGCGGCGCUGGCGCUCUCUGGCGCGUCAGGGGUUCAGGCGGAGGGGGAAGCGGCGGCGCUAAUUGACGGGGCGGGGGACGAGGAUGGCAGGCGGAAGAAGGCGUCGCGGAAGGGCAAGGGCGGGGAGGGCGGCGGAGCGGAGAAGGGGCGUAGGCGGAAGAAGGGGGGAGGGAUGGCUUCGGUUGGCGCAAUAUGCAGCUUCCUCGCUGCGCGGAUGGGCGAGAAGGGGUGGCAGCGGCUUGCUGCCUUAGCAGCCAUAGCAGUAGUGCGCACGGUUCUGAGCAACCGCCUGGCGCGCGUGCAGGGGCUGCUGUUCCGCUCGACGUUCCUGCGCAACGUGCCGCAGUUCACACGGCUGAUCACGGAGAACCUGCUGCUGUGCCUCGCGCACUCGCUCAUCUUCUCCUCCUCCAAGUUCCUCACCGGCAGCCUCUCGCUGCAGUGGCGCGCGCUGCUCACCUCCGCCAUUCAUAAGCUCUACUUCAAGGGCAUGGUGUACUACCGCAUGUCGCACGUGGACAAGCGAGUGGACAGUGCGGAGCAGCGCAUAGUGAGCGACGUGCCGCACAUCUGCAACGAGCUGGCGGAUCUGCUGCACGACCUGCUCGUCGCUGCCACUGACGCCGCCUUCUACACCUACUCGCUCACCACCUACACGCACCCCAAAUACGCUGGCGGGAUCCUGGGCUACGUCCUGGCUGCGGGAGCCCUCACGAGCGCGCUAGCUCCCCCCUUUGGCAAGCUCCUGGGGAAGGAGCAGCAGAUGGAGGGCGAGUACCGGCAGCUGCACGCGCGCGUGCGCACACACAGCGAGAGCAUCGCAUUCUACGGAGGCCACGGACGGGAAGGCGCGCUGAUCUCCCAGGCGUUUUCCGCGCUUGUGAAGCACAGCGCAGGCGUGCUGCGAACGCAGUGGUGGUUCGGGAUAGUGCAGGACUUUCUGCUGAAGUACUGUGGGGCUACCUGGGCCGUGGUGCUGAUUAUCGGGCCGUUCUUCGGCGCGAGUAUGCAGUCGCAGGGGUCGAGGGAGGCAAGGGCGGAGAUGCUGUCUCGCAUGCGGUACCAUACGUCCGUGGUCAUUGCGCUGUUCCAAGCCAUGGGUACUAUCGCGGGUAGCUCCAGGCGAAUCAUCCGGCUCAGUGGGUACGCAGACCGUAUAUGUGAGCUCAUGCAAGUGGCCAAGGACCUAAGCCAGCAAGACGCACACAUGCACACGCAGGGAGACGGAGCCGAAGGAGGAGGAAGAAGAAUCAGCAGCAGCGGUGGUGGUGAGGGGGACAAUAACCCACUGGUCGUGGCCAAGGCAGGGAAGGCGGCGCAAGGGGAAGGGGAGGGCGAGGGUGGUGGUAGCGGCGGGGGCAAGUUUGCAGAGGCAAAGUACAUAGAGUUUGAGAAUGUGACCGUGGUGACGCCGGCAGGAGCGAAGCUGGUGGAUGGGUUGACACUGCGAGUCAACCCGGGAGAGAACCUGCUCAUCACAGGCCCCAACGGCAGUGGCAAGAGCAGUCUGUUCCGAGUGCUGGGAGGGCUGUGGCCGCUCGUGGAGGGGCGGAUCAGCAAGCCGGGGAGAGCAGCGGACCUGAGUCACGACAUAUUCUACGUGCCGCAGCGGCCGUACAUGGCUAUUGGCACGCUGCAGGACCAGCUGGUGUAUCCACUCACUGCCAAUGAUUUGCCAGAGCCGCUGCAGGAGGAGCGGCUAAGGGAGAUGCUGCGCGUGGUUGACUUGGAGGACUUGGUGGACCGGUAUGGCAUGGAGAGGGAGGUGAACUGGGGCGAGGAGCUGUCGCUGGGGCAGCAGCAGCGCUUUGGCAUGGCACGCCUCUUCUACCACGCACCUGCGUUCGCCAUCCUAGACGAGUGCACGAGUGCUGUCACCACGGACAUGGAGGAGAGGUUUUGCCGGCUGGUGGAGCGCAUGGGCACGACGUGUGUGACCAUCUCGCACCGCCCUGCCCUCGUGGCCUUCCAUGAGACCGUGCUUGCUCUUGAUGGCGAGGGCGGAUGGACCGUUCAUUAUAAGACCAACCCCUCGUCUCCAGGCUCCUCUGCAUCCAUCGUGGAGCAGGUGGCGGGGGCAGCGGGGGGGUCGCCGCGGGGCAGUGCCGUGGUGGUGGCGGGCGGGGCGAGCGUGCGCGCAGGAGGUGUGUCGGAACGCAAGGCGGACGCGCAGGUCAACGCCACGCACUUCCUGCACGCCACUGACGAGCACAUGGGAGGCAAGGCAGCACAGCAGGCGGAGGAGGUGAGGAUAGAGGGCGAGGUGCUGGCAUUGUCGCCGCCCAUAGAGGGACCGCUGCCCAUCGUGCCGCACAUCCGACCCAAGAAGCGCGGCUUCUCUGCCCGCCUCCACGCCAUGAUCCGCAUCCUGUUCCCCAAGCUGGGGGGGGUGCAGACAGCGCAGCUGGGGAUGCUGGCGUUCCUGGUGGUGGCUCGCACUGGGCUCUCCGACAGAAUAGCUUCCCUCAACGGCACGAGUGUGCGCAAUGUGCUACAGCAGGACAAGGUGGCGUUCAUGCGUCUCAUUGCCGUCUCCAUUCUGCAGAGCCUCGCCUCCGCUGUCAUCGCCCCCUCGCUAAGGCAUCUGCAAUCCUCGUUGGCACUGGGAUGGAGGCGACACCUCACAGCCCACCUCACCCGCCUCUACUUCAGACAUAACGCCUUCUACAAGGUGGUGGCGCUGGGAACGGAGGGCCUAACAGACGCGGACCAGAGGCUAUGUGACGACGUGAACCGGGUGUGCUCGGACGUGUCAGGGCUGGUGUCAAGCCUUGUGAAGCCCAUCGUGGAUAUCUUCUGGUUCACCUGGCGCAUGCGCUGCCUCACAGGGCAGAGGGGUGUGGCCAUUCUGUAUGCGUACAUGCUGCUGGGACUGGGCUUCCUGAGGGCGAUUACCCCGGAUUUCUCCUCGCUCACGGCGGAGCAGCAUCGUCUUGAAGGCGCCUUCCGCUUCAUGCACUCGCGCCUGCGCACCCAUGCUGAGUCGGUGGCAUUCUUUGGAGGAGGCGAUCGCGAGCAUGCGGUGGUGGCGGAUCGGUUUGACCGGGUGAUGGAGCACAGGCGGGGCGUGCUGUCACGGCGGUGGUUCUUUGGUAUCGCGGACGAGUUCAUCACCAAGCAGCUGCCGCACAACGUCACCUGGGGGCUCUCCAUGCUCUACGCCAUGGACUACUCGCUCACUGAUAGCUCCGACAACCAAGGCGUGUUGGCACAUGAUCUUCGCUUCCUGGCGUCAGUGGUGUCGCACUCGUUCCUGGCGUUUGGGGACAUCUUGGAGUGUUACCGCAAGGUGCAGGAGCUGGCGGGCACCAUUGCGCGUGUCAUGGGGUUGGAUGAGGCGCUGCUUGCUGCACAGCACGACCUGGCCCCUCACAACCUGCAGCGCCCGGGGUCCUUCACAGGGCUGCUGGCACUGGCAUCACAGGCGCCAGACGCGCCAGUGGCGCAGGACGUGGCAUUCCUGGGAGUGGAUGUCAUCACUCCCGCGCAGAAGCUGCUGGCUCACAAGCUCUCUGUGACUGUGCACCCGGGGCAGUCGCUGCUCGUCACCGGCCCCAACGGCAGUGGCAAGAGCAGUCUAUUCCGAGUGCUGGGAGGGCUGUGGCCCCUCGUGGAAGGCACGAUACUCAAGCCAGGCCUCCCACCGAUGACAGCAGGCAGCAUGCUGCUAGCAGAGGGCGCCACAGGCAUCGCCACAGGCGGCAUGUUCUACGUGCCGCAGCGCCCGUACGCUGCUUUAGGGUCACUGCGAGACCAGCUGAUCUACCCGCUCUCGCGAGUGGAUGCGGCUCAGAAGGUCGUGGGGUUCCGCGCUCCUGCUGCCCUUGCUGCUGCAGGGAAAGGCGAUACCCCAGCGGCGGGGUGGACGGCAGCGGUGGAGGCAGCAGCGUUCCGCGCUUUGGACGAGCAGCUGGCGCGCAUCAUGGAGGACGUGCGGCUGCUCUACCUGCUGGGCCGCGAGGGGGGGUGGGACGCCACCGCCACGUGGGAGGACACGCUCUCACUCGGCGAGCAGCAGCGCCUGGGCAUGGCCCGUCUCUUCUUCCACCGUCCCAAGUUUGGCAUCCUGGACGAAUGCACCAAUGCAACGAGUGUGGAUGUGGAGGAGGCUCUCUAUGCACGCGCCAAGGAGCUGGGCAUCACUGUCAUCACCAUCUCCCAGCGGCCUGCCCUGGUGCCGUAUCACUCGCAGGAGCUGCGGCUCAUAGAUGGCGAGGGCACAUGGGAGCUGCGAUCCAUCCGCGUUGCCACACACCCUGCAGACGCCGUGCCCGCUGCUGACGGUGCUGUGCGGUCCAAAGUGGUGAUCGAGGAGGUUGCAGUCAAUGGGGAGGCCGAGGGCAGGAAGGAUUCGUCUUCAUAUGCUGCGGUGGCUGCUGCAGGGACCCUGACUGAGGAGGCAUAA